AUGGCACUGGUAGCUCGCUUCCUUGGCACUCAUCAUUUAAAGGGUUGUACCAGAAGACCGUUCUGUCGGCUCGGCGCCAAGCGUCUGAGCGAGCUGAAACCUCGGCUUGAUGAAAACAACGUAAGACUUGUUGGCAUCGGCCUUGAGGAAGUAGGCGUGGAGGAAUUUGUGAAGGAAGAUUAUUUUAAAGGAGAAUUGUACAUAGACACAAAGAAGGAGGCAUACAAGGCUCUAGGAUUUAGAAGGUUGAACAUAUUCAGUGUGUUGCCUUCAAUAUUUGGGAAAAAAGCAAGGGAGUUUAACGAGAGGGUGAAGAAAGAGAAAAUACCUGGUAAUAUGACUGGUGAUGGCAUGCAAAAUGGGGGAACUCUAAUUGUUGGGCAAGGUGGGAAAGUUCUACUCAGCUUCCGCCAAGAGAAUGCUCCUGAUCAUGUGGAGAACGAGGAUGUACUAAAAGCACUUGGCCUACCUGUUGAUACGGGAACCAGUGGAGAUACCAGCGAGGGAACCAGUGGAGGGGCGGAGGGUGGUGGAGAAAAGCCAUCUAAUAUUGUGUGUGAGGAGGAUGUCUGUAAAAAAGUUUAAUUAUCUCAAUUAAUUAGUACUACUUUAUUGUUUUAGGUCAUUCUUAGGGUCUGUAUCUUUAAUGUUAGGUAUUAAUUUAAAUAAAUUGCCUUGUUGCUAAAGUUUCAGUAGUGCAAUAAAAAUCUUGUUGAAAGUCUGACCUCCUUUUUGAAGUUGAUUAAAAAACUACAUUUUACAAAUUGGUAUUUUCAUUCUAGAAAUGACAGAAAUUCAUGUAUGGGGUCUUGGAUAAAUUUAACUUGUAUGAUAGGAAUAUAAUUUUGGGUUACAGAUAUUGGAAUUAAUCAUGAAAACUUUUUUAAAUAGGGAGACAGCAUUGGUUCAUUUUACAGGAUAAGCACUAAUGUAACUGCUUAACAGUUUAUGCUCAAAAGCUUGCCAUGUCGGUCUACUCUUCCUGUAAGGGGAAGUAACUGCAUGUCGGUCUACUCUUCCUGUAAGGGGAAGUAACUGCAUCAGUGUUUAGGGUUUUAAGAGAACAUUUUUCAAAAAGUUUUUCCAGGAACAACAAGAAAAUAUUCAAGAUCAAAUUUACAUUUUUUUAAUAUAAUUUUGUAUUUUUUGUGUGUGUGUAAUCUGUUGUAAUCUGUGGUAAAUACAGGUGCUUUCAUUGAUUUUGCAUUUGUAUAUUUUGUAUUGCCAUGGUGUGAGUUACAAACAUUCAGAUGCUGUACUUCAUUAACUUGUCAUUGUGCUGUGAGGCUCAGCUGUGAUAUUUUUGCCUGAUUAGAAAAAUAAUGUAGAAAUAAUAUAUUCAUUUGUGACAUUCUGUAUUCAUUGUAAAAUCAGAGCUUUUUUAAAAUACAUUGUCCUAGAGUUUUACCUUUUUUUGUACAAGUUUUUGUACUUUAUGGUGAUAUAAUUUGCACAUUUUUUCGUAUACCUGCAUAAAUGUAUAAAUGAUGUUAGAAAAUAAAGUCUGUAUUUUUAUCAGUCGAAAUUACUAAAAAACAGCAAAAAGAAAAGGAAAGCAGAUCUAUAAAUACAACAGUACUUUGAGUGGGACAAUGAAUAUUGCCAAGAUGUGGAGUGUGCUGUCAGCCAAGGCAGGACAGAGACUGACAGUAUGUCACACAGAAGCUCGAGGUCAGGAAUGCAGAUUUUCUAGAUCUUUAGUAUGCCUGAGUUUGUGGGUGAUUUUCAAAAGUUGAGAUUAUGGAAAUUUUGGAUCAUAUUUGUAAAGGCUGUAAGCUCCGUCAAUACAUAAAGGCCGGACAAGACCAAAAAAUCUGUUCCCGACCUCGAGCUCCUGUGGUAUUACUCAGAAUAUUGACAAUGUAACUGUCCAACAAAAAGUAGUCCGUUUUAUUUUACCAAAAAGAAAAAAAAUAAGUCAAAUGCGUUCAGAUUAUAUAACUUUACACUCAGUUUUCUUACAUAUAAAAAACUUACAAAUGAUGGAAAACUCCCAGUGCCUAUACCUACAAAAAACAUAAAAAUGUAAAAGAAAUCUAAAAAUCUCAUAGAAUUAUUGAACUUUUUUAAUAUUGUGAUGUCAUGAGUUUGUGAGUGAUAUUUCUCAACAUGUUUGAUAUUACCUGCAUCAAACUGUUAGAAUUUGGUAAAACCCUUUAAAAUUACAUGAAAUAAAAAGACUUCUACUUGUUCUACAUGUAAGAUCAAAAUAUCUUUCACUCAUGAACUCUGGUUCUCAAAUUUUUAUAAUGGGCACUUAUGAAUGAAAUUUUACAUUUGGUGUUCAAUCAAUGAAGGAUAUUUUGACCAAAAUCUAAAAAAAAAAAAAGUAUUUUCUAUGUUUAGUGUAAUUUUGGUUUGUUUUUCUGUCUAAUCAAUACAUUUUUGUAAUGCUGCAGCCAUUGCCCUGACCUGUUAAUGAAUCAAUACACCUUUCUUGUUUAUCGCGGCUUUAUGCUUAUUUUCAAACCACUUGAAAUCUAUGGCCCUGAAAUAAUUUGAGAUUUCUAAAAAUGUGCAAUUAUAUGUGAUAUUUGCACAUAUUUUGCAUAGUUAAUAACACAUGGAUAAUUCUCCUACAUAAAUAUGAAAUUCCAUAUGUCCCUGGGUAAUUUUCUAAAAGCCAUAGUUUUAUUAAUCACAAGUUAAAAUUCCCAAGGGAACUGACUGUCAGAAAAGUUAGAACAAUGCUUUCUGUAGUGUUUUGGGUGAUGUGUAGUUUUUGUGGACUUUAGUUGAGCAAAUUCAUAUGAAAAUGUCACCCCUGAUCAGUCUGUAGAUGCUUUUUGCUUUCCGUGAUAGUCGGAAGCGCUUUUGAGAAAUACUUUUAUUUGUAUUAUUGCUAUAAUUAUAUUAUAACUAUAUAUUUUUACUACCUCCGUAACCAUGUUGAAUAAUUUUCACAGACUUUUGAUCUUGGCUCAGAAAUGUGCUUUAUGAUGUCAGGUUUUGUAACCAUUUAUGGUAAAACCUGACUGAUGUACCAUUAAAUAUUGGUUGCCGUUGGAGACAAUUUCAUUUUUCUGUUUUAAAUUGUUCAUGUAGUGUUCAAAAUAUCUUUAUUACAGAUUGAAAAUAAAGUUGACAUUUUA